GGGACCAGCCACAGCGGCUCCUGCGCAGAACCAGGGGACGGGGCGGGGGAAAGUUGGAGCCAAAUUUUACAGAAAAGUGCCUCGAUGUUUGCGCACGAAGAUUUUUGCACCUAAAAGUUUAUAGGAUUUACAACUUGAACAUCGGAAAAGGUGCUGAAAUGGAUUCAAAUGAAGAGCAGAACAAUAACUCUGCAAAUGGAACAGCUCAGCAGAACAGUGGGACGUCCCGCACUGCUCAAAUCGCCCACAUGUCUCUGUAUGAGCGGCAGGCUGUUCAGGCUCUCCAGGCUCUACAGCGACAGCCCAAUGCCGCUCAGUACUUUCAACAGCUCAUGCUCCAGCAGCAGAUCAGCAGUGCCCAGCUACAAAACCUGGCAGCUGUUCAACAGGCCACGCUCGCUGCAAGUCGGCAGUCCAAUACUCCAAGUAACAGCGGCUCACAGACAGCUUCAACAGUCAACCUCAGCACCACUUCUGCAGGAGGGACCACCCCACGCCCCCACGGCCCCCCGACCUCCGCCACAACUACAGCCCUGAACCAGUCUGUCCUCAUCGGGGGGAACUCCACCGGCCAAGGACAGAUGUAUUUGAGAGUGAACCGGUCCCUCCGCGCUCCUCUGGCCUCUCAGUUCAUCUUUAUGCCUGGAGGAACUGCCACCGCAACCGUGGCAACAGUGACUCAGGCUCAGCCGCAGCAGCCGCACGAAGCUGCUCCUGCGAACGGAGGAAACCAGACGGACAACGACCAGGUCCAGAACCUCGCUCUCCACCACGCAUCCACUCCACGAACAUUAGCAGUGAAAUCUGAGCUUCCCGAGAGGAAAGAUUGCUUCAGCCAACAGCAGAACUUUGGACAGCCUCAACAGCAACAAGUUCAACCCCAACAACAAGCAACAAAACCGUUUAACCAACAACCCAAUAUUUCUGUCAAGACCGGAAACGCAGCGGCCAUGACAGUGACCCCAGCAGCAUCAGUAGCCCCCUCUCCCUCCUCCUCCGCUCUCCCCCUCUCCCAGCUCCUCCUUUCACCCUCGUCUACCCCAGUCAUUUUAGUCCCUACGUCCAGCGUUACUACCUCUUCUCAGGGUUACCCCAUAGCCUCGGUAACCCCAAAAACCAAUAUGAACACCCAAACUUUAGUAGUUCAACCUUUGCAACAAGCUAACGCCACUUCCGAUAAAGGUCCAGUGCCUAUACAACCCAAAACUCCUCAAGGUCAUCGUUUGCCAGUGCAGUUGCCCCCACCGCGACUGCCCACCCCCAUCCUGCCCGCUCCUCCCUCCAGCGGGGGCGCCACAGGGGGGCAGGGCGCGCCUCACGUCCCGGUGCAGUUGGUGGGGGCCAGGCAGAACACAGGGGGCGGGGCCCAAGCGGUGGCUCUAGCUCAAGUGAGAAGUAACACAGUCCAAGAGCAGACAGCGGGGACGGCCAGUGUCUCCAACAACAACAAUGUGACUAAUAUGACUAAACCUGUAUCUGGGUCUCUGAAGAGGAAGUCCGACUGUGACGCUCCCAGUGACAUCACAUCUGAACCUCUCGAGUCUUUGUCAAUGAAAGACGCCGCUCCUCCUCUGUCUCCUGCUCCAAAGGACUCAGCACCCCCUGCUGUUGCCGCCUUCUCGUCUCCCCCCACUCUGUCCCUGCCUCCCCCACUGUCCAGAGUGGGACUGGGGGACAAAGAGCGUCCUCCUCUUCCUCAGGCUGUGGUCAAACCUCAGGUCCUCACUCACCUCAUCGAGGGCUUUGUGAUCCAGGAGGGAGCUGAACCUUUCCCUGUUGCUGGACUCUUUAAAGACCGAGACUUCUCCCUCAUGGCGCUGUCAGAGAACGGACCAGCCUUGCUGAAGUGUGAAUACUGUGGAAACCUCGCUCCUGCCAGUCAGUUCAGAGGCUCCAAGAGAUUCUGUUCAAAUACAUGCGCCAAAAGGUAUAAUGUGAGCUGCAGUCAGCAUUUCAGGAUCAGUCGAGGGAGGAGCGGAGCAGGACUGACACCAGAGGGCGCCAGACGCAGAGGAGCCCCACGCCGCAGCAUCUCGGACACCAGAGCCAACAGAGUCUCAAACAGACACCUGCCCAUCAAGUGUCACUCAGAGUCGAGUCACUCUGAGGAGGUGUCCAGUGAUGGAGAGGACGACUCUGCCUCUUUGUCUCCCACCUCCUCGCGCUCCGGCUCCAGAGCUGAGGCCCCACAGUCCGACUGCUCUGCCCCGGGAUCGGUGCCUCUGGACGGGGGAAGCUUUCUGUCGUCUACCCCGGCGCAGUGGAGCGUGGAGGAGGUCUGCCGCUUCAUCUCCUCUCUACAAGGCUGUGAGGAACUGGCGGCUCACUUUUUGUCCCAGGAGAUCGACGGUCAGGCGCUGCUGCUGCUGCGCGAGGACCACCUCAUCUCCACCAUGAACAUAAAACUGGGCCCCGCGCUCAAGAUCUGUGCCUCCAUCAACAGCCUGCGCGAGUAACCCGGGUGAUAAUCCAAACGUAUCAUUUAAGGAGUGUUGAAUGUACAAGUUUACCUUUUACCACUGCAAAAACAUACUUGAAUUCAGAAUAUGAAUUUGAAAUGGUGCUCGUAGUAUCUAUACCCUACCUUUAAAUCACAACUGAACCCGGGUUGCCAGUUCCUAAACUACAAAUAGACGACACAUACAAGUUUUACCUGUUUAUAUGGACAGGCGUUUCCUCUUUUUCUCUGUGUUACUACUACUGGAGGCUCUACUUACGCUAUUUAAUCAUUGGCUACAGGUGCUGAGGAUUCAGAUCAGAGAGAGCCCUUUUCGUUUUUUUUCCAGCUGGUUUUAGUCGUAGGAUCUGGCAACCCAAGUGAGAGAACUAUGUGUGGUUCAUUCGGCUUUUUUAUUGGACAAUCGGCUUGAGAACCAAAACACAAAAAUCUUGGCUUUUGUAAUUAAAAUAAAUAAAAUCAGAAUACAAUUUGAAUGUGUUAUCCAUGUCUGCAGGCAACAAGUUCAGUACUGUUUAUGAAAUAUUCAAGAAAAAUCCUACAUACCCUACCUUUUUAAGUAAAAAAUAUACAUAUAAAUCUUGUAUCACUGGCAUUUUUUUUGUCAAAAUUACCAAAAAAUCUAUUUGUUUAAAAAAAUAAUAAAGCGUACUCGAUAAAUCUCAAAUUAUCAGCUGACCAAUUCACAAAUUCUGAAUUCAAGCCAGUUUCCCUCAUAUAAAUGUAUUUUUUGCAGUGUAAACCCUGAAUGUGCAAACUCAUGUUACAAGAAAAACACAAAAGUAUUUUAAAUAUCGACUGACUACAGAAAGUAUUCACGUUUACACCCAAAGGUUCAGUCACUUCUCGACAUUUUCACUCAGUGCUUUAACUUGAGCUGAUCCAUGAAACUAUUGUAAAGUGUUUCUAGACUCAAAGUUUAGCUGUUUUAAUCCAGGAGGAAUCAUAAGACUAGACCUGGUUUAUAAAGUAGAUAGUUUUUACACUUUGAAAAUCUAGUUUUGUACUUCUAUGUUUUUUACAAAUGUAUUUUUCCACAGUUUUACACUAAAGCUCUAAGAACUUAAAAGAUGCACUAUGAAACAUUUCUGGCGAGUUUACCACCUCCUUGUUUCCCUGGAGAUGUUACUGCUUUGUGUUAAAAUUCUACACAUCCAAGUAAUGCCACCAGGACAAGUUACAGGUCAGAUCUGCGGACGGGCAAGCCAGCUCAUAGAAAGAUUACAGGAUUUUCAAGGUAUUUUUUUUUAGCAACAAAAUCUAUAAUUGAACACAUGCAAAACAAGUUUAAUGCUAUACUCUGAAACAUUACAAAGCAAUAACGUCUCCCAAGAAUGUGGCGGAAUCCCCCUCCAGAAAAGUUCCAUCGUGCAGCUUUAACCCACGUUUGCCUGAAAGAAGUGUGUAUAUGGAGGUUCUCUGUGUACCUGUAUGCAGUACUGCCAAUAAACUUGACCAAACUUCA